UGUAACCCACGGCCCCCCUCACCCCCAGGCUGAGGGAGAGCACACAAUGAGCUCGCUGCCAGCCUCAGCACCACCAUCUACACUCUUGUUUGCAAAUCAAUGAUCAUUCAUCACUUGAAGCAUGUAAAUAGCCUGACAGAAACCUUACUUGGAAAAUGGAAUCUCAGGAUGAAGACAUGAUCGAGUGUGAAAAAAUAACAUUUUCCGAUGCUCUCCAUAGAGACAGUAAAGUGGCAAGUCCUACCCAUUUUAUGCAUUCCUGGGAGUCUGAAAGGAAACUCAUAGAUGUUCUCAUCAGACUUAGUGAGGAAACGUACGAUGACGACCAAAAGCAAAUUGAUCAGACCGUUGUUAGCAAUGGAUGGGAUGAUGCAGUGCAUGGCUGGAGAAGGGAUAACGCCUACUUCCUUCAUAAGAAGUCAAAGAAAUCACGAAAGGACGACAGGAAUGGAAGCCACUGUGUGUUCUGUGCAGAAAUGGUGCCCAUCCCAGAAAGGAAAGCCUUUCAAAAUAUUGAGCAUUUUAGAUUUUCAUCCAAAUCACCAAGCAGUACAAUAGUGUCCAAUUUCACAGAGAGGAAUACCAACUCCUCUACAGAGCGAACAUCUCCAGUUUCACAAACCAAGUUGCAGCUUUUUGGCUCCGCAGUUUCAGAAAGUCAAACUACUAAACGGACUCCAGAACUUCAAGUCCAAGACACCAAGAAAGAGACUGAAGUUAACUCACCUCAGGAAAUAGAAUGUGAAAUUAUCAAUACAGAACCUGACCAGACAUCAGCAACAAAGCAUUUCAGUGUGCUGCCGCCUGUAAAAAUGGCCAAUGGUGAUGAAACAUUUGUCUCAGGUUUCAAAACAGGGAGAACAUUUUGUUUGGGCGUACAAAAUGGCAACCGAGCUCUGCAAACUAAAGAUCAUUCACCUUUGGAUAAAAAACAUGGAACACAGAACCAUGGAAUAUUCAACAUGAAACAUUGGACUAAAUUGAAAGAGACAAAAGCAAGAAACUUACCCCUGGAGGUUUUCUACGAGUCUUAUUUUUCAUAG